AUGGACCGGGCGUCCGAGCUGCUCUUCUACGUGAACGGCCGCAAGGUGAUAGAAAAAAAUGUCGAUCCUGAAACAAUGCUGUUGCCUUAUUUGAGGAAGAAGCUUCGGCUCACGGGAACUAAGUAUGGCUGUGGAGGAGGAGGCUGUGGUGCUUGUACAGUGAUGAUAUCACGAUACAACCCCAUCACCAAGAGGAUAAGGCAUCACCCAGCCAAUGCCUGUCUGAUUCCCAUCUGUUCUCUGUAUGGUGCUGCCGUCACCACAGUAGAAGGCAUAGGAAGCACCCACACCAGAAUUCAUCCUGUUCAGGAGAGGAUUGCCAAGUGUCAUGGCACCCAGUGUGGCUUCUGCACACCUGGGAUGGUGAUGUCCAUCUACACGCUGCUCAGGAACCACCCAGAGCCCACUCUGGAUCAGUUAACUGAUGCCCUUGGUGGUAACCUGUGCCGUUGCACUGGAUACAGGCCCAUAAUUGAUGCAUGCAAGACUUUCUGUAAAACUUCGGGCUGCUGUCAAAGUAAAGAAAAUGGGGUUUGCUCUUUGGAUCAAGGAAUCAAUGGAUUGCCAGAAUUUGGGGAAGGAAGUAAGACAAGUCCAAAACUCUUCGCAGAAGAGGAGUUUCUGCCAUUGGAUCCAACCCAGGAACUGAUAUUUCCUCCUGAGCUAAUGAUAAUGGCUGAGAAACAGUCGCAAAGGACCAGGGUGUUUGGCAGUGAGAGAAUGAUGUGGUUUUCCCCCGUGACCCUGAAGGAACUGCUGGAAUUUAAAUUCAAGUAUCCCCAGGCUCCUGUUAUCAUGGGAAACACCUCUGUGGGGCCUGAAGUGAAAUUUAAAGGCGUCUUUCACCCAGUUAUAAUUUCUCCUGAUAGAAUUGAAGAACUGAGUGUUGUAAACCAUGCAUAUAAUGGACUCACCCUUGGUGCUGGUCUCAGCCUAGCCCAGGUGAAGGACAUUUUGGCUGAUGUAGUCCAGAAGCUUCCAGAGGAGAAGACACAGAUGUACCAUGCUCUCCUGAAGCAUUUGGGAACUCUGGCUGGGUCCCAGAUCAGGAACAUGGCUUCUUUAGGGGGACACAUCAUUAGCAGGCAUCCAGAUUCAGAUCUGAAUCCCAUCCUGGCUGUGGGUAACUGUACCCUCAACUUGCUAUCAAAAGAAGGAAAACGACAGAUUCCUUUAAAUGAGCAAUUCCUCAGCAAGUGCCCUAAUGCAGAUCUUAAGCCUCAAGAAAUCUUGGUCUCAGUGAACAUCCCCUACUCAAGGAAGUGGGAAUUUGUGUCAGCCUUCCGACAAGCCCAGCGACAGGAGAAUGCGCUAGCGAUAGUCAAUUCAGGAAUGAGAGUCUUUUUUGGAGAAGGGGAUGGCAUUAUUAGAGAGUUAUGCAUCUCAUAUGGAGGCGUUGGUCCAGCCACCAUCUGUGCGAAGAAUUCCUGCCAGAAACUCAUUGGAAGGCACUGGAACGAAGAGAUGCUGGAUACAGCCUGCAGGCUUAUUCUGAAUGAAGUCUCCCUUUUGGGCUCGGCGCCAGGUGGGAAAGUGGAGUUCAAGAGGACUCUCAUCAGCAGCUUCCUCUUCAAGUUCUACCUGGAAGUGUCACAGAUUUUGAAAAAGAUGGAUCCAGUUCACUAUCCUAGCCUUGCAGACAAGUAUGAAAGUGCUUUAGAAGAUCUUCAUUCCAAACAUCACUGCAGUACAUUAAAGUACCAGAAUAUAGGCCCCAAGCAGCAUCCUGAAGACCCAAUUGGCCACCCCAUCAUGCAUCUGUCUGGUGUGAAGCAUGCCACGGGGGAGGCCAUCUACUGUGAUGACAUGCCUCUGGUGGACCAGGAACUUUUCUUGACUUUUGUGACUAGUUCAAGAGCUCAUGCUAAGAUUGUGUCUAUUGAUCUGUCAGAAGCUCUCAGCAUGUCUGGUGUGGUGGACAUCAUGACAGCAGAACAUCUUAGUGACGUCAACUCCUUCUGCUUUUUUACUGAAGCUGAGCAAUUUCUGGCGACAGAUAAGGUGUUCUGUGUGGGUCAGCUUGUUUGUGCUGUGCUUGCCGAUUCUGAGGUUCAGGCAAAGCGAGCUGCUAAGCGAGUGAAGAUUGUCUAUCAAGACUUGGAGCCGCUGAUACUAACAAUUGAGGAAAGUAUACAACACAACUCCUUCUUCAAGCCAGAAAGGAAACUGGAAUAUGGAAAUGUUGACGAAGGAUUUAAAGUGGUUGAUCAAAUUCUUGAAGGUGAAAUACAUAUGGGAGGUCAAGAACAUUUUUAUAUGGAAACCCAAAGCAUGCUUGUUGUUCCCAAGGGAGAGGAUCAAGAAAUGGAUGUCUACGUGUCCACACAGUUUCCCAAAUAUAUACAGGACAUUGUUGCCUCGACCUUGAAGCUCCCAGCUAACAAGGUCAUGUGCCAUGUAAAGCGUGUUGGUGGAGCAUUUGGAGGGAAGGUGUUGAAAACCGGAAUCAUUGCAGCCGUCACUGCAUUUGCCGCAAACAAACAUGGCCGUGCAGUUCGCUGUGUUCUGGAACGAGGAGAAGACAUGUUAAUAACUGGAGGCCGCCAUCCUUACCUUGGAAAGUACAAAGUGGGAUUUAUGAACGAUGGCAGAAUCUUGGCCCUGGACAUGGAGCAUUAUAGCAAUGCAGGCGCCUCCUUGGAUGAAUCAUUACUCGUGAUAGAAAUGGGACUUCUGAAAAUGGACAAUGCUUACAAGUUUCCCAAUCUCCGCUGCCGGGGUUGGGCAUGCAGAACCAACCUUCCAUCCAACACGGCUUUUCGUGGGUUUGGCUUUCCUCAGGCAGCGCUGAUCACCGAAUCUUGUAUCACGGAAGUUGCAGUCAGAUGUGGACUAUCCCCUGAGAAGGUGCGAAUCAUAAACAUGUACAAGGAAAUUGAUCAAACACCCUACAAACAAGAGAUCAAUGCCAAGAACCUAAUCCAGUGUUGGAGAGAAUGUAUGGCCAUGUCUUCCUACUCCUUGAGGAAAGUUGCUGUGGAAAAAUUCAAUGCAGAGAAUUAUUGGAAGAAGAAAGGACUGGCCAUGGUCCCCCUGAAGUAUCCUGUUGGCCUUGGCUCACGUGCUGCUGGUCAGGCUGCUGCCUUGGUUCACAUUUAUCUUGAUGGCUCUGUGCUGGUCACUCACGGUGGAAUUGAAAUGGGGCAGGGGGUCCACACUAAAAUGAUUCAGGUGGUCAGCCAUGAAUUAAGAAUGCCAAUGUCGAAUGUCCACCUGCGUGGAACAAGCACAGAAACCGUCCCUAAUGCAAAUGGCUCUGGAGGUUCUGUGGUGGCAGAUCUCAACGGUUUGGCAGUAAAGGAUGCCUGUCAAACUCUUCUAAAACGCCUCGAACCCAUCAUCAGCAAGAAUCCUAAAGGAACUUGGAAAGACUGGGCACAGACUGCUUUUGAUGAAAGCAUUAGCCUUUCAGCUGUUGGAUACUUCAGAGGUUAUGAGUCAGACAUGAACUGGGAGAAAGGCGAAGGCCAUCCCUUCGAAUACUUUGUUUAUGGAGCUGCCUGUUCCGAGGUUGAAAUAGACUGCCUGACGGGGGAUCAUAAGAACAUCAGAACAGACAUUGUCAUGGAUGUUGGCUGCAGUAUAAAUCCAGCUAUUGACAUAGGCCAGAUUGAAGGUGCAUUUAUUCAAGGCAUGGGACUUUAUACAAUAGAGGAACUGAAUUAUUCUCCCCAGGGCAUUCUGCACACUCGUGGUCCAGACCAAUAUAAAAUCCCUGCCAUCUGUGACACGCCCACGGAGUUGCACAUUGCUUUGUUGCCUCCUUCUCAAAAGUCAAAUACUCUUUAUUCAUCUAAGGGUCUGGGAGAGUCGGGGGUGUUCCUGGGGUGUUCCGUGUUUUUCGCUAUCCGUGACGCAGUGAGUGCAGCACGACAGGAGAGAGGCCUGCAUGGACCUUUGACCCUUAAUAGUCCACUGACCCCGGAGAAGAUUAGGAUGGCCUGUGAAGACAAGUUCACAAAAAUGAUUCCGAGAGAUGAACCUGGAUCCUACGUUCCUUGGAAUGUACCCAUCUGA